AGAGCAAUCAAUCCCAUUUCGUUUAUUCAUAUAUUUCUAGUCACAAAAGUGGAAGAAAAUCAAAGAAAUUGACUGACUAAGAUUGUUUUUACAAACAAUUAAUCUUAGAAUUGGACCCUCUUUUGUCUCCCACUGUCUUCAAAUGCCCAUUCACCCUUUCUUUCUUCUUCUGUUCUUAUAAAAUCCAAACACAGAGCUCUCUUUGCAUUUAUAAAUCUCUGUUCUGUAUAGUUAUUAUCUUCAAUGGCUGGUAUGCUAGCUGGAGUUGAAUGUGCUCGAAGAAGGAGGUUCCAUCAGAGCGGAGGGGGAUUGGACACCCCUAGCACUGCCUCUCACGGUGGUGGAACACGGCGGCCGUCUUUUUGUCUGUACUCAGGGAACCAUGAGACCAAUCAUAGCUCAAUUCCUUCAAUGCAGAGAAGGAUAUUAGAUCAGGAAAAUCAAGAUGAGAGACUGGGUGGUGUUGCAAGAGAAGCCAAAGAGAGAUUAGAUGAGAGGCUCAAAACACAAAGAAAAUCAGCAACCACAAGGCAGAAGGUAGAUUUGGGUUGUGGUCAUGGAAGAUCUAUGGGUACAAAGGAGUUGCAGAUGGAGGUGUUUGGGUUGAAGAAAAAAGGGUCAAAGAAGUUCAAUUGGGGCAAACUAAGCUGGAAAGCUAUGGACCAAGAAGAGUGUGCAGUUUGUUUGGACCAGUUUAAGGUUGGUGAGACACUGGUGCACCUUCCAUGCGCACAUAGGUUCCAUUCAAGGUGUUUGGUUCCAUGGUUGAGUAAUAAUGCUCAUUGUCCUUGUUGUAGAAAGGAGAUCUAGAUGUCUUACUAAGAACUUGCAAAGAAAUUUCACACUAGCUUCUCAUAUGCUUCCUUAUU